AUGUCAGAAAAGAAACCUAAAGUCUUAUUAUUUGAUAUUGGUGGUGUUUGUGUGGUGGAGUUGCUUUCAGAUGACCUCCAGCUCUCCAUAAGUCUGAGUAAACUCCCCCUUCGCAGCAAUCCUCUCCUACGAACUCACCCACUCCAUCCCCCCGGCUGGAUAAACCACUCCAUCUCGGCCUCCUCUCCCACCGGAACCUGGCAAUCCCUCGAAACCGGCCGUAUCCCCCUCGACUCUACCUUCUUCACAUACUUCUCCCUGGACCUCCACUCCCCCACCCUCUGGUCCACCUUCUACCUCACCAAAGCCCUUCCCUCCAACCCCUCCUUACCCGCCUCCGUCCCACCCCUCCCCAAAAUCGACGCCGAGCAGCUAUUCUGGAACAUGAUGUCCGCCUCUCGGCCCUUCGACCCGUGGAUGUACCCGGCCCUCCUCGCGCUCAAGAAAUCAAACCAGUACAUCCUCGCCGCACUCUCCAACACCGUGAUAUUCCCCGAAUCCCACCCGUACGCUCAUCCCGCGCCCGAGGAAGACAUCCGGCGGAUCUUCGACGUCUUCGUAUCAUCCGCGCACGUCGGGCUGCGGAAGCCGGAUCCGGCGAUCUACGCGUUGGCGAUGGAGAGGUUGAAUGAGCAUGCGCAGGAGAAAGGGAGGGGGAGGGUGGAAGCGGGGGAUGUGUUCUUUUUCGAUGAUAUAGGGGAGAAUUUGAAGGGGGCGAGGAAGGCGGGGAUGCGGACGUUCAAGGUGAAUCUGGGGAGGACGUUUGAGGCUGUGGAUGAGCUGGAGAGGGUUACGGGGUUGGAGUUGGCGGGGGGGCAUCCGAGGGUGCCGGUUGAGGUGAAGGCGGAGGCGGUGGGGAAGGCGAAGUUAUAG